UGAAGGAGGAAUAUUCUGUUCGAUAUCUGCACAUCGCUGAUAUUUAUGGAUGACUUUUCACUUCCGUAGUACCUUUUAAAGACGUGCGUAAAAAAAAAAAAAAAAAAAAAAAAAAAAAAAUGGUUGAUAUGGUUUCCGGCGCCUUGGAGACGAUGAUGCUUUUCUUAAUGACUUGGAGUUACGGAGUCUCUUUCUCCAACUUCUCCACGGACAACGAGGUGCGCUCCAGCUUCAUCCAGCGCCGACUGAGGAGCCAGGAGCGCAGGGACAUGCAGCGGGAGAUCCUCUCCAUCCUGGGGCUGCCUCAGCGCCCGCGACCCUCCCUCGUCCACAGCCGACACAACGCCGCCGCCCCGAUGUUCAUGCUGGACUUGUACAACACGGCGGCCGCCGACGCUCCGCACAGCAGAUACUCCAGGUACAACCCUCACCUGGCCUCCGUGGUCACCCUGCAGGACAGCCGCUUCCUGGACGACGCGGAUAUGGUGAUGAGCUUCGUCAACCUGGUGGACCAGGAUAAAGAACUUCAGUACCAGAAGCACCACAGGGAAUUCAAAUUCGACCUUUCCCGUAUUCCAGAGGGAGAGGCUGUCACGGCGGCAGAGUUCAGGAUUUUUAAGGAUUUUAUCCAGGAGCGCUACGAGAAUGAGACAUUCCGAGUCAGCAUCUACCAGGCCUUGCAGGAGGCAGCAAACAGUGAAGGGGAUCUGCUGCUGGUGGACCAGAGAGAAGUGUGGACCGCAGAGGAGGGCUGGCUUAUCUUUGACCUCACUGCCACCAGUAAUCUUUGGCUGGCCAACCCUGAGCACAACUUUGGCCUGCAUCUGGUCCUGGAAGACAGCCAUGGCCACAGGAGGAACCCCCGACUGGCGGGGCUGUCAACAGGCAGCGGGGCGCGAGACAAGCAGCCCUUCCUGGUUGCCUUCUUCAAAUCCAACGAGGUUCGCUUUCGCAACAUCCGCUCCGCUCACGGCCACAAGGGGCGCCAUUCGAACCGCUCAAAACCACAGAGGACCGUCCAGGAUGCACUCAAGGCAGUCGAGGCCGCCACAGAAACUCUGGGCAUUUCUAGGGAUGGAUGCAAAAAACGCGAGCUGUAUGUCAGUUUCAGAGAUUUAGGAUGGCAGGACUGGAUCAUCGCACCAGAGGGCUAUGCAGCAUACUACUGCGAGGGAGAGUGCGCCUUCCCUCUCAACUCCUACAUGAAUGCCACGAAUCACGCGAUUGUGCAAACUCUGGUGCACUUUAUCAACCCGGGAACAGUGCCUAAGCCCUGCUGCGCUCCCACACAGCUCCACGGGAUCUCCGUGCUCUACUUUGACGACAGUUCCAACGUCAUCCUCAAGAAGUACCGCAACAUGGUGGUCAGAUCCUGUGGCUGCCACUGACAGCUGCUCGUCCGUUCUACGAUGUCAUUUCUAACGCAAUGUUUUCAAGAAGAAAGUGGAGGACCUAGAGACAAGAAAUGCUUUACUACCUGUCACAGUUUCGACUUUUAUAUAUGAGACUGUAUUUAUGACCUGGAGCUGAGCAAU